AGUAAUUCAUGUCGAUCGACUUUUAUUUAUUAUUUACAAAUAAAAGGGAGUUAUCUCAUGACACUCGAAGCGUGAACCUUCCUCCUAUAAAUACACCCAUUUCAUAAUCUCAAAACAUAUCACUAACCAAAAAAACAAAACAAAAAAUGGGUUUCAUUGGUAAGAGUGUAUUAGUGAGUCUCGUAGCACUUUGGUGCUUCACAUCCUCUGUCUUCACUGAAGAAGUGAACCAUGUGACUCAAACCCCUUCUCUAGCUCCUGCUCCUGCUCCUUACCACCACGGCCACCACCACCCACACCCUCCUCAUCACCACCACCCUCACCCUCACCCUCACCCUCACCCACCGGCCAAAUCUCCCGUUAAACCCCCGGUUAAGGCACCAGUGUCUCCACCAGCCAAACCUCCGGUUAAGCCCCCAGUUUACCCACCGACCAAAGCCCCGGUUAAGCCCCCAACUAAACCCCCGGUCAAGCCACCUGUCUCCCCACCAGCUAAACCUCCAGUCAAGCCACCGGUUUACCCUCCAACCAAAGCUCCAGUUAAGCCCCCAACUAAACCCCCGGUCAAGCCACCAGUUUACCCUCCAACCAAAGCUCCGGUUAAGCCCCCAACUAAACCCCCGGUCAAGCCACCAGUUUCCCCACCAGCCAAACCUCCGGUUAAGCCCCCGGUUUACCCUCCGACCAAAGCUCCGGUUAAGCCUCCGGUUUCUCCUCCGACGAAGCCACCAGUUACGCCGCCAGUUUACCCUCCUAAGUUCAACCGUAGUCUAGUCGCCGUUCGUGGUACGGUUUACUGCAAAAGCUGUAAAUACGCUGCUUUCAACACACUCUUAGGCGCUAAACCCAUCGAAGGUGCUACGGUGAAACUAGUGUGUAAGAGCAAGAAGAACAUAACAGCGGAGACGUUGACAGACAAGAACGGAUACUUCUUGUUGUUGGCUCCUAAGACGGUGACGAACUUCGGUUUCAGAGGGUGUCGUGUGUAUUUGGUGAAAUCAAAGGACUACAAAUGCAGCAAAGUCUCAAAGCUCUUCGGUGGAGAUGUCGGCGCUGAACUCAAGCCGGAGAGAAGGCCGGGAAAAGGUACGGUUGUCGUCAACAAGCUCACAUACGGUCUCUUUAACGUUGGUCCAUUUGCCUUUAACCCGACUUGCCCCAAAUGAAGAUGAUUUGAUGCUCUAGUUGCAUUCUUGAUUUCGUCAUGUUCAAAAGAUUGAGACUUGAGAGAGUGUGUUAUUGUGCGUUGGAAUUUUAAUUAAUGUUAGCUAGUCUUUAAGUUAAAUGCUUGAGGGUUUAUGUGAUGUAUCUCUUUUAAGUGACGUUGUUUAAAUUUCGUUUGAAUAAAAAUAGCAGCUUUCAAGAAGA